AACCGAGGGCUACCCGGGAAAAGCACAAAUGCAACUCUGUUUUUAAUCGUUUUCAGAAAGUAGCUAAUCGCUAUUCAAAUGUGUGCAGAGAAGGGUUUGCUAAACUCUUUCUUUUUCUUUUCUUUCUUUUUUUCAGAGAAAGUGUUUCCAAGUUAUAAAAUAUACAGUCCAAGUCUGAAGUACUUCUGCAGCCUAUUGUUUCAGACAACAGAUAUAAGUUGCGAUGGAAGAGGAACGUCGGAUUUGGUGUCUGUCCCCCAUUUCCAAUUAUAGAUGGAUCAUUACAGACAGAGAAGUACUGAGAAUCCAGACAUCUGCUCUUCACAUGAAUGCACUCACCUCCUAGAGAACAGCCUGCCAUCAUGCUCUGGAAACUGGUUGAAAAUGUCAAGUAUGAAGAUAUCUAUGAGAUGUUAGUCCACACCUAUUCCGCCAUGGACCGGCAUGAUGGAGUGCCCAGCCACAGUUCCAGGCUGUCCCAGCUGGGAUCCGUCUCGCAGGGACCCUACUCCAGCGCUCCUCCGCUCUCUCACACCCCAUCCUCGGAUUUCCAGCCGCCUUAUUUCCCACCCCCCUACCAGCCUCUUCCUUACCACCAAAGCCAGGACCCUUACUCCCAUGUCAAUGACCCCUACUCCCUAAACCCCUUGCAUCAACCCCAGCAGCACCCCUGGGGACAGAGGCAGAGGCAAGAGGUGGGAUCAGAAACGGGGUCACUGCUGCCACAGCCUCGGGCCGCCCUGCCCCAGCUCUCGGGACUGGACCCCAGGCGGGACUACCACUCUGUAAGGAGGCCAGACGUCCUCCUGCAUUCAGCUCACCAUGGCCUUGACUCCGGCAUGGGGGACAGCCUUUCUCUGCAUGGCAUCGGACACCCAGGGAUGGAGGAGGUCCAGUCAGUUGAAGAUGCCAAUAACAGCGGUAUGAACUUAUUGGACCAGUCUGUCAUUAAAAAAGUUCCGGUUCCUCCAAAAUCUGUUACUUCUUUGAUGAUGAAUAAAGAUGGCUUCCUGGGUGGAAUAUCAGUCAAUACCGGAGAGGUGUUUUGCUCUGUACCUGGCCGCUUGUCUUUGCUUAGUUCAACUUCAAAGUAUAAAGUAACUGUGGGAGAAGUUCAGAGACGCCUUUCUCCUCCAGAGUGUCUGAAUGCAUCCCUCCUAGGAGGAGUACUUAGAAGAGCCAAAUCGAAAAACGGGGGGAGAUCUUUGCGAGAAAGGCUAGAAAAAAUCGGUUUGAAUUUACCAGCCGGCAGGCGUAAGGCCGCAAAUGUCACUUUACUCACCUCCCUGGUGGAAGGUGAGGCCGUUCAUUUAGCUCGGGAUUUUGGGUACAUCUGCGAAACGGAGUUCCCAGCCAAAGCUGUUUCUGAGUACCUGAACAGACAGCACACGGACCCCAGCGACCUCCACUCCAGGAAAAACAUGCUGCUUGCUACAAAGCAACUUUGUAAAGAAUUUACAGAUCUCUUGGCCCAGGACAGGACACCCAUUGGAAACAGCCGGCCCACCCCUAUUUUGGAACCGGGCAUUCAGAGCUGCUUGACUCACUUCAGCCUCAUCACUCACGGCUUUGGGGCCCCCGCUAUCUGCGCUGCCCUCACGGCCCUUCAAAACUACCUGACUGAAGCUCUCAAAGGCAUGGACAAGAUGUUCUUGAACAACAACACUGCUAACAGGCACACAUCUGGCGAAGGACCAGCUUUGCCCGCUUGGCUUAUGAGCUUCUUCAAAGAGGACUAGAGAUCCCUACACAAUAUAUCAGCUUGGACUACAGGACCCGACUCAGCUGAUCGUCCAAGGUGUCCAAAAUAAAUCAUCAUCAUCAUAAUAAUAACAAUAAUAAAAAAACCAAACAACAACAACAACAAAAACAUUGCAAACGACGACCCCAAAGUCUGUU